AUGAGGAAACUGUGGGAAUUGAAGAAAAAAGAGGCUGAAAAAGAGAAGAGUUCUUCAGGAAUUAGCCCUGCUCAGAUUCGCGUACAAAAAGACAUUUCAGAACUAGAUGUUCCCUCUACAAUGUCGACUAGCUGGCCGGAUGUAACCAAACUUCAUGAAUUGCUUCUGGAAAUUCGUCCAGAUGAGGGAUACUAUCAAGGUGGGAAAUUUCAGUUUUCGAUUCAUAUUGGUAGCAAUUACCCGCAUGAUCCUCCAAAGGUGCGAUGUCUUAACAAGAUCUAUCAUCCCAACAUCGAUACGCAAGGAAAUGUUUGUUUGAACAUAUUGAGACAAGAAUGGAAUCCUGUUUUAAAUCUAAAUUCUAUUUUAGUAGGACUCCAAUUUUUGUUCCUUGCUCCUAAUGCUGAAGAUCCACUCAAUAAAGAAGCUGCUGCUGAUUUACGGAAUGACCCUAGAGGCUUUGGAAUGAGGGUGAAAUCUUCCAUGCAAGGAGGAACCGUGCAAAGUGAUGUUUUUGACAAUGUUCUUCUUUCAUGA